AAGUGGUGACGAGUCAGAGGGCGAGAGGGGACCGCUCCGAGCUUCCACCAGAUGGAUGUUCGGCGAGCCAGUGUGAGCUCGAUGCACCACCAUGCCGACAUUUGGACUACUUAAAGUACCCAGCAAACCUCCCAAGCUUCGGGAUUAAUUUGUAUUUCUUCGAGGGGAAAGAAAAAAAAAGGUACGUGGCGUCGGCGGCGUCGAAAAAGCUACGAUGACGGGACGGCGGGCGCUUUCGCUGGCCUCGCUGCUCCUGCAGCUGGUCUGGACGGCGGCGGCGGCGGCGGCCCCCCUGCGCUUCACGCAGCCCGUUUACAACGCCACCAUCUACGAGAACUCCGCCGCCAAGACCUACCUCGAGAGCCACAUCAAGAUGGGGAUCGACGUCGCCGACCCCGCCUGGGAGAUACGCUACAAAAUCAUCUCCGGGGAUAACGAGAACUUGUUCAAGGCCGAGGACUACCCGCUGGGAGAUUUUAGCUUUUUGCGCAUCCGAACCAAAGGGGGCAGCACGGCGAUCCUCAACCGGGAGGUUCGAGACCACUACGUGCUGACCGUGAAGGCGUCCGAGAGGGGCAGCGACGCCGAGUGCCGCGCCCAGGUCAGAGUCCAGGUCCUGGACACCAACGAUUUGAGGCCGCUGUUCUCGCCGACCUCGUACAGCGUCUCGCUCCCGGAAAACACGGCGGUACGCGGCAGCGUGGCCAAGGUGACGGCGACGGACGCCGACAUCGGUACGAACGGGGAGUACUAUUACAGUUUCCGCGAGUGGACCGACAUGUUCGCCGUGCACCCGACCAGCGGCGUGGUGACGCUCACCGGCCGGCUGGACUACUCCGAGACCAAACUGUACGAGCUGGAGAUCCUGGCGGUGGACCGCGGCAUGAAGCUUUACGGGAGCAGCGGCUUCAGCAGCACGGCCAGGCUGACUGUACGGGUGGAGCGGGCCAACGAGAACGCGCCCGUCGUCGCCGCCGCCGUGGCGCUGACGCCCUCGGACUCCGACCCGGACCCCACGUACGCCAUCGUGACGGUGGAGGACAGCGACCCGGGACCCAACGGGGAGAUCGCCUCGCUUAGCAUUGUCGCCGGCGACCCGCUCCAGCAGUUCAGGGCCGUGAGAACCAGCCCGGGGGGCAAGGAGUAUAAAAUAAAAGCGGCCAAGAACGUAGACUGGGAGAGUCGGCCUUUUGGGUAUAAUCUCACUCUGCAGGCGAAGGACAAGGGAAGCCCGCCUCAGUUUUCCUCCGCCAAAGUGGUGCACGUCACCCCCCCUCGGUUCAAAACGGGACCCCCCGUCUUUGAAAAGUCCCUUUACAGAGUCAACCUGAGCGAAUUCGCCCCCGUUCACACGCCCGUUGUCAUGGUGAGCGCUCUCCCGAAGCACCCGGGGCUCAGAUACGCUCUGGGUCGCAAAUCGGAUCCGUUUGCCAUCAACCCCGAAACCGGCUUGAUCAGCACGGCGGCGCCGAUCGCCGCCGCCGUCCGCUUCGAACUGGACGUGACGGCGAGCGGCGGGAAAGCGGCAACGAAAGUCAUCGUGGACGUCAUCGACGUGAAUAAUAAUGCGCCCGAGUUCCAGCGGACGUCGUACAGGGCCGGCGUGGACGAAAACGCCCCCGUCGGGACCAGUGUGGUGACGGUGGAGGCCGUCGACCCGGACCGGGGCGAGAACGGCUACGUGACGUACAGCAUCGCCAACGUCGACCCGCAGCCGUUCGUCAUCGACUAUUUCUCGGGCGUCAUCAGCACCUCGGAGGUGCUCGAUUACGAGCUGGUGCCCCGGAUUUACAGUCUCAAGGUCCGAGCCUCGGACUGGGGAUCGCCCUUCCGGCGGGAGGCGGAAGCCGUCGUCACGGUGACGCUGAACAACCUCAACGACAACCGGCCGCUGUUCGAAAACGUGGACUGCGACGUGACCGUGCCGAGAGACCACGGCGUGGGCGAGCAGAUCACCGCCGUGUCGGCCAUCGACGCCGACGAGCUGCAGCUCGUGCGCUACUACGUCCGAUCCGGCGACGACCUGGGUCUGUUUGAGCUCAACUCCAACUCGGGCGUGCUUUCGCUCCGGAAGACGCUGAGCGAGGGCGAGGCGGCCAAAAGGUCCUUUCACAGUUUGCGGAUCGUGGCGAGUGACGGCGAACGCCAGACGCAACCCAUGUACAUGAACGUAACGGUCAUUAGUGCCCGGACCCCCGUGCAGGUGAAGUGUGUGGAAACCGGGGUGGCGACCAUGUUGGCCGAGAAGCUGCUCCAGGGAAGCAAGGUCCACGCGCGGAGCGAACCCGACGACCACUUUGUGGACAUUCACUCCGUCAACCGCCACGCGCCGCGCUUUGCCGACUCCUUCCCCGCCUCGGUGGAAGUCAGGGAGGACCUCCCCGUCGGGGGCCGCAUCGUUCAUUUGGGCGCCUCCGACGCCGACGGCGGCUUCAACGGGAAGCUGGUGUACGUCAUCUCGGGAGGCGACGCCGAGAGUCGCUUCCUGGUCGAGAUGGAGACGGGCUGGCUUACGGUUUCUUCGCCUCUCGACAGGGAGACCAAAGACCGUUACACGCUCAACGUGACGGUCUACGACCUGGGCAUUCCGCAGAAGUCGUCCUCGCGGCUGCUCGACGUCAAGAUCUUGGACGCCAACGACAAUAUCCCGCGUUUUUUGCAGGAGUCCUACUCUGUGGAGAUUAGCGAGAGCGCUCCGGUGGGCACGCAAAUCAUCCAGGUGGACUCGACGGAUCGGGAUCUAGGCGAGAACGGCGCGGUUAGGUACUCCAUUUUGGGCGGCGCCGAUCACUUUGCGAUUGACGCCGAGUCCGGGGUGGUGACGGUCGCCAAGCCGCUGGAUCGCGAGCUGCGUCCGGCGUACGACUUGAAGAUCGCGGCCAGCGACCUGGCCGAAAAGGAGCCCCGGCUCGUGUCGGCCGUGCCGCUGAAGAUCACGCUGGAGGACGUGAACGACAACCCGCCCAAAUUCGUGCCCCCCAAUUACCGCAUCAAGGUGAGGGAGGACCUCCCCGUCGGCACGGUGGUCAUGUGGCUGGAGGCCCACGACCCCGAUGUCGGGCCCUCGAGUCAGAUCCGCUACGGCCUGAUGGACAACGGCGAUGGAAACUUUGAAGUGGACAAGCUGAGCGGGGCGGUGCGGAUCGUGCGCAAUUUGGACUACGAGACCAAGCGGGUAUACAACCUGACGGCAAAGGCCAAGGACAAAGGCAAGCCCGUGUCGCUGUCGUCCACUUGCUUCGUGGAGGUGGACGUGGUGGACGUCAACGAAAACCUCUACCGGCCGACGUUCCGUUCCUUCGUGGAGAAAGGAUUUAUCAAGGAGGACGCCGCCGUCGGGUCUUCUGUCAUGACGCUGAGAGCCGAGGACGAGGACAAAGGCCGAGACGGAGAGAUCCGGUACUCCAUCCGCGACGGUUCCGGCCUGGGGGUAUUCACCAUCGAUGAGGAAACCGGUAUCAUCCGAACGCAAGAGCUGCUGGACCACGAGACCACCCCCCACUACUGGCUGACGGUCUACGCCAUGGAUCGAGGCGUGGUUCCCCUCUCCGCCUUCGUGGAGGUCUACGUCCAAGUGCAGGACGUCAACGAUAACGCGCCGCAAGCGUCGGAACCCGUCUACUACCCCUCCGUGAUGGAGAACUCCCCUAAGGACGUGUCCAUCAUCCAGAUCGAGGCGCUGGACCCGGAUGAUGAUUCUAGCGAUAAACUCAGCUAUAAAAUCACCAGCGGUAAUCCGCAAGGCUUCUUUGCCAUCAAUUCCAAGACAGGCCUAGUUAUGACGACGUCAAGGAAGCUGGACAGGGAGCAGCAGGAUGAGCACAUUCUUGAGGUCACCAUCACUGACCACGGCGUUCCGGCCAAAUCCACCACGGUGCGUGUCAUCGUGCGCGUGCUGGACGAGAACGACAACCGUCCUCUAUUCCUGGAGAAGAUCUACAAGAUCAAGCUUCCGGAGCGCGAGCGUACCCCCGAGAAGGAGCGGCCCGCCGCCCGGAGGGACCCCGUGUACCGGGUGGUGGCGUCCGACCGCGACCACGGCGCCAACGCCGAGAUCUCGUACAGCGUGGAGGACGGCGACGAGCACGGGAAGUUUUUCAUCGAACCCAAGACGGGAGCCGUUUCAUCCAAGAAGUUCUCCACGGCGGGGGAGUACGACAUUCUCACGAUCAAAGCGGUGGACAACGGCCGCCCUCAGAAGUCGUCGACGUGUCGACUCCACAUCGAGUGGAUCCCCAAACCGGAGAUACCGGAGGACGCCGCCCCGCUGGUCUUCGAGGAGUCGCCGUUCUCCUUCUCGGUGAUGGAGAGCGACCCCGUGGCGCACAUGGUUGGCGUCGUGGCCACCGAGUCGUCGGACGUUCCCGUGUGGUUCGAGAUCACAGGCGGCAUGGAGGACACUGAGAUGUUUUACAUCCUUCAGAUGGCUUGCGACCACAACUGUACAGCAGAAGGUGGAAACUACGACAGCCGCUUCGACGUGGGCAAGGCCAGCGGAACCCUUAUUGUGGCGAGGCCGCUGGACGCCGAGCAGAAGUCCAACUACAACCUGACGGUGGAGGCCACAGACGGGAACAGGACGGUUAGCACGCAGGUGCUCAUCCGCGUCAUCGAUACCAACAACCACCGGCCUCAGUUCUCCCGCGCCAAGUAUGAAGUGAGCGUGCCCGAGGAUGUGCCGGUGGGCACCGAAGUGCUCCACGUGGAUGCCACCGACCAGGACGAGAAGAACAAGUUGACCUUCACCCUUCUGAGCAGCACGGACCCAUUCAGCCUGAAGAAGUUCAAGUUGGACCCGGGGACGGGGAGGCUGUACACCGCCGAACUGCUGGAUCACGAGACCAUGCACAGCCACGUUCUCACGGUUAUGGUACGCGACCAGGAUAUCCCCGUGAAACGCAACCUGGUGCGCGUGAUCGUCAACGUGGAGGAUGCCAAUGACAACGCGCCGUGGUUCGUCGGCACGCCCUACUCAGGCCGCGUGUUCGAAUCCGCCGCCGUCGGCUCGGCCGUGCUGCAAGUCACGGCUCUGGACAAAGACAAAGGCCGCAAUGCGGAAGUCGUCUACAGCAUCGAGUCAGGAAAUGUGGCAAACUCCUUUGCCGUGGACCCCGUUUUAGGCACCGUCACAGUGGCCAAGGAGCUCAGUCGAAGUGGCAAGACCCGCUUCGAGCUCACUAUCAAGGCGUCCGACCGCGGGGCCGCCCCGCUGUCCACCACCGCCGCCGUCUCCAUCGCCGUCACCGUCUCGGACAAUGCCGCCCCCAGGUUCUCGGAGAAGGUGUUCUCCGCCGACAUCGGCGAGUCUGCCGCCCCCGGGAGCUUCGUGAGCUCGUUGGCGGCGGUCAGCCAAUCGUCUGUGUUCUACCAAAUCAAAAGCGGAAACACCGACAACACCUUUGACAUCAACCCUUACUCCGGUGUGGUGGUCACGCAGAAAGAGCUGGACUACGAGGUGGCCCCGCAGUACAAGCUCGUCGUCCAGGGCACCAACAUGGCCGGGCUCGCCAGUAACGCAACCCUGGUGAUUCAUCUGAAGGAUGAAAAUGACAACGCCCCCAUUUUCCUCCAGCGGGAGUUUGAAGGUGUGGUCAGCGAGUCGGCUGCCAUCAACAGCGUCGUCCUCACCCGAGAAAACGCGCCGUUUGUCAUCCGGGCCUCGGAUGCCGACAGCGACCGCAACGCCAUGCUGGUUUAUCAGAUCGUGGAACCCUUUGCCCUCAACUACUUUGCCGUCGACUCUAGCACCGGAGCCGUCAGGAUCACAACCGCCUUAGAUCAUGAGCAAAGGAGUGUUUACCGCUUUACGGUGCAGGUCCACGAUCUUGGCGUGCCGCGUCUGUUUGCAGAGAUGGCGGCCAACGUGACGAUCAAGGUCAUUGACGUCAACGACUGUCCGCCGGUUUUCAGCCAGGAUGUCUACGAGGCAACUGUGGUGCUGCCGACAUACAGAGGCGUGGAGGUUGUCAACGUUAACGCCACCGACUCGGACUCCGGACCCAAUGCCAGGCUUCUGUUUUCCAUCUCUGAGGGCAACAUCGGCGACAAGUUUAAAAUGGACGCAAACACCGGGGUGAUCUUCAUUCAGAACGUCACCCAGCUAAGAAGCAGGUACGAGCUGAAAGUCAGGGUUUCGGAUGGAAGAUUUGCCAACGUCGCCGCCGUCAAGAUCCACUUGAAGGAGAACAAAGCGAGCAAGGUGAAGUUCACCAGAGACUCCUACAGAGCUUCUGUCCCGGAGAACUUGUCCGAGAGGAGGACGCUGGAAGUCAUUGCUGCUGUCGGUAACCAUGUAAACGAGCCUCUGUUCUACAAAAUCUUAAAUCCUGACAAGCGCUUUGAAAUCGGGAGGACAUCCGGGGUGGUUUCGACCACCGGAAUAGCGUUUGAUCGUGAAAAGGAGGACACGUUUGAUGUCGUCGUGGAGGUCACGAAGGAGGACCCGUCCGAAGACACUGCCCACGUUGUUUUGACGGUGGCGGUGGAGGACGUCAAUGACAACGCGCCCGUCUUCGUGAACCUCCCCUAUCGCGCCCUGGUCCAGAUGGAUGCAGAGGAAGGCCAAGCGGUCCGGCAGGUCACGGCAGUGGACAAGGACCGUGGUCGCAAUGCAGAAAUCCGUUACGAGCUGAAGGAGUCUCAUGAGCAUUUUGACAUCAACCCCUCUGGAGAAAUCACCAUCAAGAAGACGCUCGAGAAAGAAUCGCUUGACAUGGACUUUGUCGUGAUUGUCGUGGCGAAGGACGGCGGCGAUCCAGUACUGUCGUCAGAAGUGGAAGUCCCAAUUACAGUGGUGAACCAAGCCGUCCCCAUUUUUGAGAAACCCUUUUACAACAUUGAAAUCCCUGAAAAUAUCCAAGUGCACACGCCCGUUCUCCACGUGCAGGCCAGUGACUCCGAGGGACCUCGUAUUGUCUACACCAUCUCUGAGGGCGACCCCUUCAAGCAGUUCUCCAUUGACUUCAACACGGGGGUCCUUCACGUGGCUCAGCCCCUGGACUUUGAGACGCACCCGGCCUAUAAAUUGAACAUCCGGGCUACCGACUCCUUGACUGGGUCGCGCUCAGAUGUAUUCGUGGACAUCAUCCUGGAAGACAUCAAUGACAACUCCCCAGUGUUUCUGUCAAAGUCCUACUACGCCACGAUCUCGGAGGCGUCUGUUAUCGGUACUUCUGUCCUGCAAGUGGAGGCCAAAGAUUUCGACACGGGCCGCAAUCAGGAAAUCUUCUACCAGUUGGUGGAGGAGAAGGGGAAGAGCUCAAAUUACUUUGCCAUUGACCGCGACACGGGUCUCAUCUCGACGGCGCGAGCGCUCGAUCACGAGGAGACCCCGCAGCACCAUCUCAGGGUCCGCGCAGUGGACGGGGGGGUCCCUGCCCUCUUCGGUGACGUCCAGGUGACGGUGGACAUCACAGACCUGAAUGACAACGCGCCAAUGUUCGCUGAGCCGGCCUACAAGGCAACCAUCAGCGAGUUGGCUUCCCGCGGGCACUUUGUCACCCAAGUCCAAGCCUCGGACGCCGACAGCUCGGACUCGGACAAGCUCGAGUUCGCUAUUGUCUCUGGGAACGACGACCAAAGUUUUGCCAUCGAUAAGCAGACCGGAGCUAUCGUUAUUUCCAACCACCGUCUCCCACAAAUGCAGCCGCUCUACCACCUCAACGUGUCCGUGUCGGACGGCGUGUAUCGGAGCUCAGCCCUCGUGGACGUCACCGUCAUCGGUGCCAACUUCCACAACCCUGCAUUCUCUCAGGUGGAAUACGCCGUCGAGCUGGUGGAAAACUCCCCCGCCGGUACCAUGGUAGCUGAAGCCAAAGCCACAGACGACGACGACGGCAUAUAUGGGCAAAUCACAUAUCGCAUCGUCAACGACGUAGCCAAGGACAAGUUCACGGUCAAUGAAAAUGGUGAUGUCUUCACCUUGGAGAGCCUGGAUCGAGACAGCAGCAUCGAGAAGGUCAUUCCUAUCUCUCUAGAGGCCAAAGACGGAGGUGGCAAGGUGGGCUUUUGUACGGUAAACGUGGUCCUCACUGACGUCAAUGACAACGCGCCGCAGUUUAGGGCCGGCGAGUACAAAGUCACUAUCGCCUCGGAUGCCCCGCGGGGUACAUCAGUGGUGAAGAUCGCCGCCUCCGAUGUGGACGAGGGAACCAACGCCGAUGUCGAGUACUCAUUUGAAGCUGACGUCGAGAAUGUGGCGGAGAACUUUGAAAUUCACCGCACAUCUGGGGUCAUCUUAACAAGAGAGAGUCUCAUCGGUCUCGAGGGUGAGCUCUAUGCCUUUUUCGUCCGGGCGAAGGACACCGGAAACCCGCCGAAGCAGUCGGUCGUGCAAGUAUACAUCCAAAUAGUAGCGCCCGAGACUCCCAUCCCCAAGUUCGCCGAGCCUCAUUACCGCUACACAGUGCCUGAAGACCUACCAAUCGGCACGGAGAUCGACGUGCUCCCGGCUGAGAGCGAGCAGCAACUGACUUACACCCUCGUGAACGGCAACACUCCAGAAAGCAAUGAGAAUGAGGUCUUCGUCGUGGACCGAGACACCGGCGCCCUGAAACUCCAGAAGAGCCUGGACCACGAGACCACCAAGUGGUACCAGCUCACCUUGCGGGCACAGGCUCAGCGAGAUGACUUUGACGUCGUCGCGUCCGUCAGCGUCAACAUUCAAGUGAAAGAUCUCAACGACAAUGAGCCGGUCUUUGAGUCUGACCCUUACCGGGCAGUGGUGGUGGAAAACCUCCCAGGCGGGGCGCAGGUGGUUCAAGUCAAAGCCACUGACCUGGACUCAGGCACCAAUGGUCUCGUUCUGUACAGCUUGGACGCCAAACUCAACUCGCAGGACAUUGUCGAGCUCUUUGCCAUCAACGCCGAAACCGGCUGGUUGACCACCCUAAAGGAGCUGGACCGCGAAAAGCGCAACAAGUACACCAUUGCCGUCAUCGCCACUGAUCAGGGCGACAAAGUCCAGCACGCAACGGGCACGCGAGUGGAGGUGACGGUGGCCGACGUCAACGACAACCCACCCCGCUUCACGGCGGAAGUUUACAAGGGAACCGUCAGCGAGGACGACCCGCCGCCCAGCGGCGUCAUUGCCAUCCUGAGUACCACCGACGAAGACUCGGAGGACAUCAACAGACAAGUCAACUACUUCAUUACAGCGGGAGAUCCGCUGGGGCAGUUUGCCAUUGAGCACAUUCAGAAUGAGUGGAAAGUGUCCGUCAGGAAGCCUCUGGACCGCGAGACCACGGACUAUUAUCUUCUCAACAUCACGGCCAGCGACGGCAUCUUUACGACCAAAGCCGUGGUGGAAGUCAAAGUGCUGGACGCCAAUGACAACAGCCCCGUGUGUGAAAAGUCGCUCUACAGCGAAAGCGUUCCGGAGAACUCGCCAGCCAGCAGACUCAUCCUGCAAGUCUCGGCCACCGACGCCGAUAUCCGAUCAAACGCGCAAAUCUCCUACGAGCUCAACGGGCCUGGUUCGGAGCUCUUCUUCAUUGACUCCGAGACGGGUGAACUGAAGACACUGAAGCCCCUGGACCGCGAGGAGUGCGACGAGUACCGCUUCAAAGUGCGAGCGGUGGAUGGCGGCGGGCGCUUCUGCGAGGCCAACGUGCACGUGUCGGUGCGUGACGUCAACGACAACGCACCCGCGUUCGCCGCCGACCCGUACGCCAUCACCGUCUUCGAGAACACCGAGACGGGAACCUUCGUGGCGAAGCUGCAGGCCGACGACGCCGACAGCGGUCCAAAUGGCGACGUGGUCUACUCGCUGCUGGAUUCCGCCGACGGCUGGUUCGGCAUCGACGAGCUGAGCGGCAUCAUCAGCCUAGAACGGCCGCUGGACCGCGAGGCGCGCUCCCUGUACGAGCUGGAGGCCCGCGCCGCCGACCGCGGCUCGCCGCGUUUGUGGGCGACGUGCCGCGUGCUGGUCUCCGUGCUGGACAUCAACGACAACCCGCCCGUGUUCGAACGGCGCGAGUACGCCGCCGCUGUGCCCGAGGACGCGGCUGUGGGCGGACAGGUGCUCAGGGUCCAGGCCGCCAGCCGAGACGUGGAGGCCGGCGGGGAGAUCGCAUAUAGCAUCGUUAGCGGAAACGAGCACGGGGCAUUCAGCGUGGAUCCGAGCACGGGCGACAUCUUUGUGAUCGCGUCGCUGGACUACGAGUUGUCUCAUGAGUUCUACAUCACUGUGGAGGCCACCGACGGGGGCUCGCCGCCCCUCAGCGACAUGGCCACCGUCAACAUCAACGUGACCGACGUCAACGACAACGCGCCCGUCUUCAGCCAGAGCGUCUACGCCGCCGUCGUCGGCGAAGACGCCGAGCUGGGCAAGACCGUGUUGACGGUGAUGGCCGAGGAUGCAGACGGGCCGUCGUACAACCGCGUGCGCUACGCCGUCAUGGACGACAACGGCGGCAGCCCCUUCAUCAUCGACCCCAUACGAGGCGAGCUCAAAGUGGCCCGGCAGCUGGACCGGGAACAGACGUCGGGCUACACGCUGACGGUGCUGGCCGUGGACAGCGGGACGCCGCCGCUGUCGGGCAGCGCCGUGGUCAACGUGGACAUCUCCGACGUCAACGACAACCCGCCGCUCUUCUCCCAGGCCAACUACAGUCUCAUCAUCCAGGAGAACCAAGCUCAGGGCACCAGCGUUCUCCAGCUCCUGGUGUCGGACCGUGACGCCUCCCACAACGGGCCGCCCUUCGCCUUCUCCAUCGCCGGCGGCGAUGCGGCCCACGCGUUCCGUAUUGACCAGCGCGGAACGCUGAUCUUGGCGGGGCCUCUUAGCAAGAGAGCCAAGGAACACUACCUGCUUCAAGCUCAGGUGUCCGACAGCGGAAAACCGGCGCUCACCUCCAGCGCCUUCAUCGGCGUCCGCGUCAUCGAGGAGAGCGUCUACCCGCCCGCCAUCCUCCCGCUGGACAUUUUCGUGUCCACCGCUGACGACGAGUACGCGGGCGGCGUCCUGGGCAAAAUCCACGCCACCGACCAGGACGUCUACGACACGCUGACGUACGGCCUGGCCCCGUCCUCCGCGGCGGCUUCGGCGUCCUUCUCGGUGUCGCCGUCGGACGGGAAAGUGAUCGCCCUGCGGCCGCUGGACCCCGGUCACUACCCGCUCAACGUGACGGUGACGGACGGGCGCUUCACGGCGGCCGCCGACGUCAACGUGCACGUGCGGCAGGCGGCCCGCCAGGCCCUGGACAACUCCAUCGCCGUGCGCUUCGCCAGUAUCGCCCCCGAGGAGUUCAUCGGAGACUACUGGCGGAACUUCCAGAGGGCGCUGAGGAACAUCGCCGGCGUGAGGAGGAACGACGUGCAGCUGGUCAGCCUGCAGCCAUCUGAGCAGGGAGACCUCGAUGUGCUGCUGGCGCUGGAAAGAUCCGGAAGUCCCUACCAGUCGCAGGAGGUGGUCUUCCGUAAGCUGAACUCCUCAGCGGGCGUCAUCGAGGAGAUGACGGGGGUGCGUAUCGUGCGCGUGGCUCAGAAGCUCUGCUCGGGCAUGGACUGCCCGCUGCGCUUCUGCGACGAGGUGGUCUCGCUGGACAGGACGUCCAUGUCCACCUACAGCACCGCACGCCUCAGCUUCGUCACGCCCAGACACCACAGACGUGCCAGCUGCCAGUGCCAAGGUGGCGAUUGUCCCAUACUGAACAGCGUGUGUGACAACAGCCCUUGUCCGGAGGGCUUGGACUGUGCGGCCGACGCGCACAGAGACGCCAAGUACACCUGCGUGUGUCCUCAAGGGGCCACAAGCAAAUGUACCGACGGCCAUUCGUUGACAUUCAGCGGCAGCGGCUACGUGAAGUAUCACCUGAUGGAGAACGACAACAAGGAGCAGAUGAAGCUGUCCAUGCGCCUGCGCACCUUUUCUGGACACGCCACCGUCAUGUUCGCCAAGGGCACCGACUACAGCAUCCUCGAGAUCGUGAACGGUCGCCUGCAGUACAAGUUCGACUGCGGCAGCGGCUCCGGUCUGGUGUCGGUCCACAGCGCCACGGUCAACGACGGCGAAUGGCACUCGGUCUCCUUGGAGGUGGACGGCAACUACGCCAAGCUGGUACUGGACCGCGUGCACGCCGCCUGGGGGACGGCGCCGGGCACCCUGCGCACCCUCAACCUGGACAACAGCGUCUACUUCGGCGGUCACGUCCGCCAGAACGCCGCCUCGGCCGCCCGCCUCGGACGCAACCUGCCCGUGGCCAAUGGCUUCCGUGGUUGCAUGGAGGCCAUCGCGCUCAACGGCCAGGAGCUGCCUCUCAACACCAAGGCGCGCCGGGCGCACGCCGUCAUGGAGGCCAUCGAGGACGUGGCGCCGGGGUGCGCGCUCACCCCGCCGGAGAGUUGCUCCAGCAAUCCCUGCAGCAACGGGGGCGUGUGCACCCCCAGGCCGAGUGGAGGCUACUUCUGCAAGUGUCCCACUUCUUUUAUGGGCGCCCACUGCGAGAUGGCCAUCAGCCCAUGCGCCUCCAACCCGUGUUUGUACGGGGGCACUUGCGUACCCCGGGGGGACGACUUCUACUGCCAGUGCAGAGGACAGUACUCCGGACAAAGGUGCCAGAUGGGUCCUUUCUGCACGGACAACCCGUGUAAGAACAACGGCAAGUGUAUCGACAGUCUGGACGGACCGGUGUGCGAAUGCGAAGCUGGUUUCCACGGAGACCGGUGCCUGAGCGACGUGGACGAGUGCUCGCGGAGCCCGUGCUCCAACGGCGGCCGGUGCCUCAACACGUACGGCUCCUACAAGUGCAACUGCUCGCUGGGCUUCGGCGGUCCCACGUGCGAGCUCGCCGCCGACGUCCGCAAUGACUUGGUGUCCACCUCUUGGAACAUCGGCCUGGAGGAGGUGGUGGGCAUCGUGAUCUUCGUCUCCAGCAUCUUCAUCCUGGUGCUCUUCUUCGUCAUCCUGCGCAAAAAGGCCUGCCGCCGCGCCAAGUCCAAGGCGGAGGACGACGACGAUAAGCGAGGCGCUUCCGGCGUGCCGCACUCCUUCCUCCAGAGGCCUUACUUCGACGCCAAGUUCAACAAGAACGUCUACUCGGACAUCCCGCCGCAGGUGCCCGUGCGGCCCAUCUCUUACACGCCCAGCAUCCCCAGCGACUCGCGCAACAACUUGGACCGCAACUCCUUCGAGGGCUCGGCCAUCCCGGAGCACCCCGAGUUCAGCACCUUCAACCCGGACGCGGCGCACGGCCACCGCAAGACGGUGGCCGUGUGCAGCGUGGCACCCAAUCUGCCGCCGCCGCCCCCUUCCAACUCCGUGUCGGACAGCGACUCCAUCCAGAAGCCCAGCUGGGAUUACGACUACGACGCCAAAGUGGUCGAUCUGGACUGCGUGACCAAGAAGCCUGUGGAGGAGAGCGCAUGUCACCCUUUCAACACCAGGGGGAGCAUGUCCGAAGUGCAGUCGCUCAGCUCCUUCCAGUCGGAGUCGUGUGACGACAACGCUUCCAUAGUGACUGUCAUCCACUUUGUCAACUCUGUGCUUGACACGGUGGAAGAAGAAGAGUCUUUUGUGGCUCGUGAGCUCAAGAACACAAGAGGAUACCACUGGGACACAUCCGACUGGAUGCCGAGCGUCCAGCUCCCGGGAAUCAAGGAGUUCCCGCAGUACGAGCUGGUGGAGUCACCUCCCACCACUUUGUACAGCGACCCGAGCGCCAUGGACACCGACUACUACCCGGGCGGCUACGACAUCGAGAGCGACUUCCCGCCGCCGCCCGAUGACUUCCCGUCCAGCGACGAGCUGCCGCUGCCGCUGCCGCCGCCGCCGCCGCCCGAGUACGGCGACACGCUGCGGUCCGCCACCACCGACGGGAUCCGCCGCCGUCCCGCCCUCCCGGAACUGUACAGCCUGGGCCAAUACUUGGCCCCGCGGGGCGACGGCGACUCCGCCCCGCCGUCCUCCACCGCGGCCACCGCCGACUUCCAUCCGGGUCGGGACUUUGACGACAUGUCGCUGUCGCUGUACGCGUCCACCGCCUCCUGCUCGGACAUGUCGGCGUGCUGCGAGGAGUCCGAGGCUAUGAUCAGCGACUACGAGAGCGGCGACGACAGCCAUUUUGACUGUCUGUCCAUCCCGCCGCUGGGCUCCCAACAGCACACUGAAGUCUGACACUGGAUCCCCGCAAAAAGUGCCUGAAGCCGCUCUCGUGUAUUUUUUUUUUUUGUUGAUGUUGUUGUUUGUUUGUUUUUUUUUGCUGGUACGAUCUGAGUCCACAAGGGGAUAUUCGGACCGAUGCAUACUUGCCAAUCUUUGCAGAUUUUACUGCGCCUCUUUUCUCUUGUUAAAAGAUUGCCAAAUGUUUCGCUGUAUUCGCUCGCUAUUUGAGACCAGGUGUUCGCGAUUUACAACCCUGCCGUAUUCUAUGACUUCCGACAAGUUUCACAUUCCUCCUGAUGGUUGCGAUUGUAAAAAAAAAAAAAAGAUAAUAAUAUUAAUAUGCAAACGGAAUUUGGGACUUCUUGCGAGCUUCUGUAACCCUCCCUUUUUUUUUCUUUUUCCAGGAAAACAGAUAUUUUCGCUAAAUUGAAGUUUUGCAAACAGCCUGUGAGUUAAUACCCGCGACAUUAAGGAACAUUCCGUCACCCUUCCGAUUUGAGCACAUAUUCCGCAUUUUCCAUUUUUUUUGCGCUGCCAAAAAUUUCACCCGAGACAGGUUUAGUUAGCGAAUUUAGACCAGGGGUGUCAAGCUCGUUUUUGUUGUGGGCCAUAUCAUAGUUACGAUUUCCCUGCCUGUGACCCCAUGAAGAAUUAUGAUACGCGUAAUUUCUACAUGAUAUACACAACAAAUUCACGGCUAGCUAAUUUUGAAAUUAGAAGCCAGUAAAUAGUUGUCUCUUCAACUGUUUUGCCAUUUAUUGUGUUAUCAAAAGUGACUUUUUUGUUGUUGUUUUUUUAAUGGGGAAAAUUGGCAAGUAUGGUUUGCAAGUGGAUAAAAAAGACUUAAGACCCGACUCACAGGAAGUGUAGUGUCCGUUUCAACAGUCGGAGAGGGAAUGAAAAGAAAACGAGAAUAAUAAAGAGAAAUCCGCAACAGUUUCUAUCAAUAGAACAUUUUCUACAAGUGGUGAUUUUCAGUGUAAAUGUCAUUGUACAGUUUUGAUUUCAAAGUAGGUUUUGUAGAUAUUCGGUGCUUUUAUUUUGAAGUAACGGUAUGACAUGAUCGGCCUUACUGUGUUAACGUUCAUAGGGCGGGAAAAGUGUUGUUAAAAGUACAAAAACGGGGUCUUCGGUGAACGACUGCAUUAGUCAUGAUUUCCUUUUCUUUUUUAAAAAAUGUUUGUACAUGUUGACGUUGGAACCUCUUUUAUUUUUCCAUCAAGGAAACGGUACCCGAUGAUAUUUAUGGUCGUCAUGGAUACAGCCCAUGUCUGUGUAUAUGUGUGUAAGUGUGUGCGUGAGCGACGCAUCGUUCUUGUUUAGGUUUUUAUUGAAUUACUGCCACCAGCUCACGCUUUCCUACUGGCAAUAAAUUAUUCCUAAAAAAUA